CACUUGACCAAGCAUUGUAGCCGCGGACACCAAAAAGAAGCUGCCGCUGUAUAAGGUCUGAUGGUUCUGGUGGCUGCCGGCCUCGCUGCGGCUCUCCUGGUGCUGCUUCUGCUGGUCCUGGUCAUGUUCUACCUGUGGAGGAGGGCGAGGGAUCGCAGUCGGUACCAGGAGCUGGACGCCGCCGUGCCCCCCGUCCCAGCAUGCACUGCUCAGGCCCUGCUGGUUUCUCAAGGCUCCUGGGUCAAGCCCGUCGAGAUCCCGUUCACGUUGCCUCCUCGCUUCACCACGCAAACCCGGAGCAGCCCGAAGACAGAAGAGGGCGAGGAGAAGGUGGAGGUGAUGAAGACCGACAUUCUCGCCCAUCGGGGUUCUCUCUCAGUCCAAAGUUGGUACCCGGUGGGGACGCUGCUCGCCGGCUUGUAUUCCAGCCCCGCUCUCAGCGAGGUGGUGGCGCCCCCGCCCGGCAUGGCCACCCGCCUCUGCUUCUCCGUGGAGUAUCGCCACCGCGGCGAGCAGCUGGCGGUCUCCCUGCUCCGCCUGGGUAACCUCCCGCCGCGUUUCCACGGAAACGUCACCCUCGUUCAGCUCCGUCUGCUCCCGGACGACCGGCGGCCCCGUCAGGCCAAGGCCAGAUGCACGGGGCCUGACCCGGAGUUCCACGACUGCUUCCUGUUCCAGGUGUCGGGUGCGCGCGUGACCCGCGCCACCCUCAGCGUGUGCGUGCUGAGCGUGUCACAUGACAGCAAACGCCAGGCGGUGGGCAGGGUGCUGUUCCCCCUGCAGGGAGAACUGGGCCAGGCUGGCAGGGUCCUCUGGAGGGACCUGGAGGCUGAAGACCACAACCACUGUUCAGAGUGGGGGGACGUGCUGGUGUCUCUGAGCUACAGUCCGUCUCUCCAGCGCCUCUCGGUGGAGGUGGUGAGGGCUCGAGGACUUCAGCUGGUCACGGACUCAGGCGUGUGCGUCCAGGUGAGCUUGCAGAUCCACGCCCAGGUGGUGAAGAGCAAGCGCGGCGGCGUGGUCAAGGCCGACCGCGACGCCAACUUGGACCACAAGAUGGCGUUCAAGCUGCGGGCCGAGCACGUGGACGAGGCCUGUCUGAGAUUUGUGGUGCAGCAGCCUAGCCACGCCCACUCAGAACCGUGGAUCCCGCUGGGGGUUCUGGUGUUGGGCCCCUUCAUGUAUGCUCGAGGCCCUCAGCUGCAGCACUGGAUGGACAUGGUCAACACGGCGCAGGAGCCCGUCAAAGUCUGGCACGGACUGGGCAGGUCCACAUAAAUCAAUUAUGCUAAUCAAUUUAAAAAAAUACAUUUAUACCAAAACUUCAAAAUAAAGCUUGUCUUUGAACCUACCAAGAAGAAGGCUUGUAAAACUCCACUGUGUAUGAUGGGAAGCAACAUGAAAGUGCUCUGUUUCUUUCAUGUAUUGUAAUCCACAGAAAGAUAUUGUUUUGACCCAAUAACUACAAAGCGAAGAGGACCUUUUCUUUGAACUGUUCUGUAACCAAAGGCGACGGCUGUUUACG